CAGUUAUCGUUGUUGUUAGUGCACCUCUGGCUUAAAUGAAAAGCAGCUUUAAGCAUUGAUUGAUUAACGUAAUAUUUAUGUGCAUCAAUCAAGUUGACCUUUGCAAUUGUCUUAUCAGCAAACAACAAAUUGAGUUUAACCUUUUCGUGAAUGCCAAGAUUAUAAAGAUCGAUGUAAUCUAUUUCGUGUGUGGCGAGAUCUGAAACUUACAAAAUUAGUAGAAACUAAUAGUUGCUUGCAGUAUUUUACAGUAUCAACACAAUUUUGCAAUCGGUUAUACGAAAGUAAUUAAUUUUCUUCCGGUUACUAGCAGCAUUCAGGCCAGAAGCAAUCACUAAGGAAACAUGGUUGAACAACUGGACGUAUUAAUUGUUGGUGCAGGCUUUGCCGGCCUGCAUUUGCUGAAUAAACUGCGUAAAUUAAACUUCAAGGUGAAAGUUUAUGAAGCUGGUUCUGAAAUAGGAGGUGUAUGGUAUUGGAAUUGCUAUCCAGGAGCAAGAGUGGACAGCGAUUUUCCAUUUUAUCAAUUCUCCGAAGGCGACAUUUACAAGGACUUCGAAUGGACUGAGCGAUUUCCUGGGCGAGAAGAACUGACAAGAUACUUUAAACAUGUCGACCGCAAGUUGAACUUGAGCAAAGAUAUCAAGUUCGAUGCACAAGUUACAAGUGCCGAAUUUAACGGUCAAACUAACCAAUGGCUGGUGAAAGUAAAUGAUAGUGACCAGCCUGUUGCCAAUGCAACGUUUUUGUUGUUGUGCACAGGUGCUUUGGAUCGUAAUUAUACUCCGCCGUUUAAGGGUGUUGAUAAGUUCAGGGGAAUGACACUUCAUACUAGGCAAUGGCCAAGAGAUGGUGUCGACGUUGCUGGAAAACGGGUUGCAGUUAUCGGAACUGGGUCGAGUGGUGUUCAAGUUAUUCAAGAAAUCGCGUCGCAAGUCGGUCAUCUUACCGUGUACCAGCGCACACCCAACCUUGCUCUUCCAAUGCAGCAAUCUUCUCUUCUGGAUCAAACGAAAUGGAAAUUUCCAACUGUUGAGGCUAUUCCCGAAACUUUUAAGAGAGUUCGUAACACGUUUUCUGGAAUGGAUUUUGAUAACAUUCCAAAAAAUGCUGUCGACGUUACAGCCAAAGAACGGGAAAUGGUAUUUGAAGCUCUCUACAAGAAUGGUGGAUUUUCCUUUUGGAUAGGAACAUUCAAGGAUGUUCUUUACAAUCAAGAGGCCAACGAUGCUGCGUAUCAGUUUUGGUACAAGAAAACGAGAGCCCGUAUAAAUGAUCCCGUUAAGCAGGAAAUUUUGGCUCCGACCGUACCACCUCAUCCAUUCGGCACAAAAAGACCUUCACUGGAACAACGAUACUAUGAGGUCUUCAAUCAACACAACGUGGACAUAAUUAACAUUCGUAAAUCACCAAUCAUUGAAAUCACUGAGAAAGGAAUCAAAACACAGAAUGAAGGGGUAGUUGAUGUAGACAUCAUUGUCUUUGCAACCGGAUUCGAUGCUUUAACCGGAGGCAUUCUCAACAUUCCGAUGAUAAAUGAUCGUCAACAAUCCCUUCAGGACAAAUGGAAGAAUCGUAUCCUGACUAAUGUUGGUAUAGCGGUAGCUGGUUUUCCGAAUAUGUUCUUCACAUAUGGUCCUCAGGCACCAACCGCAUUUGCAAAUGGACCAGUUUGCGUAGAAGUCCAAGGCGAUUGGAUAAUUGAUUUACUUGUACGAAUGAGGAAAGAGGGAAAAACGAAAGUCGAGGCAACAGAGAAAGCAGAAUUGGAGUGGAAGCAACGUGUGAACGACGUCUGGAGCAACAGUUUAUUUCCUCUGGCAAAUUCGUGGUAUCAAGGUGUCAACAUUCCCGGUAAGCCGCAGGAAGCCCUCAGUUUUGCAGGAGGUAUGGUUGCGUACAAUUCUAUUUUGAAUGAAUGCGCCAAAAAUAAUUACGACGGAUUCGUGUUAUCUUAGAAAUUUCAUUGAGUUCAAUAUUCACUUAGUUAUGUCUGAAAGUUUUGUGUCCCUUUCUGUAUACUUUUCCGGAUCCACAAUAAAACAAAUUCAAUAUUCAGA